GGCAUCUCUUCCUCAAACCCUCUUCCUCCUCCCCCUCUCUUUCCUCACCCACCCAUCUGUCUCUACCAUGCUCUCUGUCUACCUCGAUGCAGAGGGAGUCUCUCGCGAGCAGACGCUGGUGGAGGUCAAUCUCUCCCCACUACCUUCUGUCGACGACGUCCUCGAUGCUGCAGAGGCCGUGAUGGGACGUCGUGUUCUCGUCGGCUACGUCUUCAACCGCCAGCAGCCCAUCCGUGCCAUGCACACACUCUCCUUUGAUGACGCCCCGUCUCGGCCGCAUUUGACAUCGGCCGAUGAUCAGAUCUCGUCCAUCUCGCUCGCCCCCCGCAUCGCCUGGUCGGACACGUGGCUCAUCAUCGCUCCAGCCGAUGCACAUCGCCGGGCCAGGCUCAGCCCCUGCCCCGUCUACCUCAUUCUCUACUGGAUCUGUUGCCUCGUCUGCGUUGUCGGCAUCGACGGCGCCAACGGCACAGCUGCGCUGGUCGUCGUUCUCCAUCCGUCGUGGGAGCUGGUGGAUCCGCAGCAGGUACGAUUGCAGGCGGCGGGCGGCGGAGGAGCAGCGCAAGCCGCCCGCUUUGCGGUCGAAGUGGUCCGCAGCGGUACCGUUCCGCUUCUCACCGCUAGCAUUGACGUCGAUCUGGAGCUGGCGACCACGCUCGAUGAGUUCAGCCCGGGCUCGGCGUGGAAGCUGUUUGAAGAUCAAGUGGCCAGCGCGCUGGGACUGGAUGCGGUAGUGGUGAAGGCGCCCAACGGGGCGACGCUCAGGCAGAUGGAGAAGCUGCAGCCGGGGCUUCGGUAUGCUGUGAGCCGGCGGCCAGUCGUAGUUGAUCUCACCGCCGCCAGUUGGAGCGAGAGCGACAGCUACAGCGAUGAUGACCGCGAUCUAUUUGUUUGCCGUGCUCCGCGCACUGUUACGACGCUCCGUCGCCUGUGUGUGGAGAUGGUGGCAAGUGACAGCCAGCGGUGGCCGGAGGAGGUUCUCCAGCGCGAGUUUGCCAGCAACGAACGGUGCCUACAGCUUGUUCAAGAUCAUCGUGCUGCGUUUUGCAACGAUGACGACGUGGUGUGUGUAGCCGGGCCCUCGGGUGGAGGUGCGAGCUGUGAGGCGGCGGCUGUGUUCAGUGCUUCGUCUCAGGACGCACUCUCACAGUUUUCGGCGGGUAUGGACGAGCUGCUGGCGCCGACGCGGGCAACCGGAGCGGUCUUUCACGUGGGUGCCGACUCGCAAGUCGACCUCGACGCGGCCUUUGCACGGUCGCUGUGGGAGGCCGAGCAAGAUCUCAUGCGCAAGGCGCAGGAGCAAGAAGCAGCAGAUGCCGCUUUCGCGCGACAGUUGGCGGCGCAGGUGGCCGAGGCCGAAGCAGACGUGGCAGCGGCGGCGGCUGACGCCGAGCUGGCACGCAAGAUUGCACGCAAAGAGCGCGAGCGGCUGGUGGCUCAAGAAGCGGCGUCUCUCAAGCUGGCGCGCGAGCUGGAGCGCGACGAGGCGCGGCGAGCGAGCCAAGAGACGCGGGUGGCUAACGAUGCAGCCAUUGCGCGCGAGCUGGCGGCCGAGCUGGAGGCGGCCGAGAAAGAGCGGCGUGCGCGCGAGGCACAGCGGCGCAAGCAGGAUGCAGACGCGCGGCUGGCGGCACGGUUGGCGGUAGAGGAGGCCCAGCGAGCUGCUGCGGCCGCCCGGAGGGGGGAGGUUGUUCCAUCGGCGCACUCCUUCACGCUCGACUCGUCGAUGCAAGACCUGAGGGAUACAGGAAUUCUGGCUGCACUGCGAUCAAUAUCGUUCCCGCCGGGCUCGACGCUGGAGAUGGUGAUCCGGCCCGAGCUGCUGAAACGGUUUCGGCAGCGCCGACGCGCAUACGAGGCGGCGUACGGCGACGCGCGGGCCCAGCCUGUGGUGGCGUUCCACGGGACGAGCCAGAACGCGGCGGGCGGGAUCACGGAGAAGGGCUUCUUGAUGCCAGGUACAGUGGGUGCACGUAACGGCGCGAUGUACGGUCGCGGCAUCUACGCCUCGCCCGAACUCAACUUUGCCUGCAAGUACUCGCGCGGAGCAGUUCUGGUUGCUGUCUGCCUCCUCGGCAACGCUGUGGUCAUCGACAACAAGGCGCAAGUCUCGCGGAAGGGGUGCAUCAGCGGAUACGACUCGCACGUCUCGGCCGACAUGAAGCAGUAUGUGUUCUUCAACGUCUCCCAGAUUCUGCCGUGUUUUGUCCUCCGCUCCGGCUCGAACGGGGCCUCGUUUGGCGGUUCUGGCGUUGUCGCCGACACUCCGUCGUUCCUCUCCACCGCGACGCGCAACUCGCAUCUUAGCACCAAGCGCAACGCUCGAGCCAGCCGCAAGCGCCAGAAGCGCAACUUGCCACAUCGCUAA